GUGUGUGUGUGAGCGCUGCGACUGCUCGGUGAGUGAGUGCGCUACGUGCGCUGUGUGUUUGUUUCAUUCUCAGUGCGUGCGAAGCCGUCGGAAACAUGACGCAAGAGAGCCAGAUACCUCCUCCACCAGUCAUGUGGGCGCAAAGAAAAGAUAUCUUAUAUGUUACCAUCUGCUUAGAAGAUUGUAAAGAUCCAGUCAUCGAAAUUGAACCAGAAAAGAUACACUUCAAGGGAGAGGGAGGCACGGACAAAAAGAUGCAUGAGGUUACGAUUAAUCUGUACAAAGAAAUUGAGGCCAGCAAAACGGUAAAAAAUUUGAAGGGCAGGACUUUUGAAUUGGUUCUCGCUAAGAAGGAGGAGGGACCAUAUUGGCCACGGCUAAUUAAAGAGAAAACAAAGGCUCACUGGUUAAAGAGCGACUUUAACAAAUGGAAGGAUGAGGACGAUACCGACGAUGAAGGUAGCCCGCCAGAUUUAGAAGAGAUGAUGCGACAAAUGGGCGGUCUAAGCGGUUCUGGUGACAGUAAGCCAAAUUUCGACGACCUGGACGAAUUAGGGGACAACGAGGCCGACAGCGACGAUGAAGAUCUUCCCGAUUUAUACGACUAAAUUGAUAAAAAUAAUCACACACACACGAUCGAGUAAUUAAUUACAUUAAAGACAAAUGGCAACCUAAGGAUAGUGCACGAUUGGGCAAUAUUUCAGUAGGCCUUGCUGUUUGUAUCUUCAAUUGCAAAUUUGUUGAAAUGGCCGUGUAACACACGGGACUAAAAAGGAUAAAAGGAAGGAUGCAGUGCGGAAACAGUCGACGAAGGGUCUCCACAGGUCUCUCCCGCCUCUCCCCCCCCCCCCCAUUAGCCUGUAGUUGAUAUAUUAAGUUGUAAUGGACAAGCUUUUUUAAUAAUGUACUUGUGUAACUGUCGAGUAACACAAGAUAAAAAGGGAAAAGAAAUGAAAAUAACCAAAAUUA